GUUAAAGAAUAUGGACGCCCAGCGCAGGGUGUCACAGGCAGACGGCAUGCUACCUCUAUGUCUGUGUGGUAUACAGAUGCUGGUCCUACUGCCAGCAUAUGUCCAUGCUGACGUCACUGGCAACGCGCACGGUGUGUGCGAGGGUAAGCUGUGUCCAUGGGGCAAGGUAUGCCGAGUCAGAACCAUGUGUCCAUUUGUACCACCUUGCUUCGAGAUUGGGGAGUGUGUGCGGCAAAAUAAGCCCGGAGCAUGUGCCCGACGCAUGCUGGCUGCAGGUGCGUGCCUGACCACGUGUGACACGGACGCUGACUGUCGACUGGAUCUCAAGUGUUGUGGUCGUUGUCCCAGGACGUGUACAGCUCCAACAGCGGGAGUGGACGUACCGGGCACCUGUCCCCGUAUCCCCCAGUGUCCGGACACGUUGCCAUUCUGUCCACUAGAGCCUCUCUGCCUCUCGGACAGUGACUGUCCGGGGUUCAAGAAGUGUUGUGGAAGAUGUCCCAGGUUGUGCAUUACGGCUGUGCAUUGACGGUCACAAUAACAACUCUUGUACACACGGCUUGACGCGGGCCAGAAACAUUGGUCGCCGUGUUAUUCUGUAUUCUCUUGUAGUAAACACUACAGAGUCUGAAACUCACCGUGAGUGUCUUUGCUGCGACAUGUGUGAGAGUAAAAACAUUGCAACCGAAACAGCUUUAAACAGGAAAUCUCACCCACCGAGGUGACUGAACAGAUGCUGGCAAUCACUGUGGACGAUAGUGCAAGAACAUGAGAAAGUGUGAUAUGUUCUUAUACUUUAGUUGUCUGCGUAUGUCACUGCGAUUGUCAUUACAUGUGCAUAUCGAAGGAACUGUGUUAGGAUGGUGACAAACAGGUUGUCAGAGAAGUGGCUAUCACACACACUUUCAGAAAACUGUAUUCAAGAGGUAUAGGUUUCACCAAUUAAAAUAAUCACAGAAAUAUGAUUAUAAAAAAUAUGUUUAUUAUGUACAGAUUAAAAUAAAAUAUGCAACAAAGAGGGUUUGAGUGAUCCUGGCACAUUCAGGCUGGUUAGGCUCAUCAUC